AUGGCUAAGCUGGAGAGAAGGCAGAGGGGAAACAAGGUAACAGCCGUCCAGUCCAUAAAUCUGCUGCAAAGGAGGAAGGAAUCAUUUGUCCUCUGUGCCUAUGGAGACUCAGACAAGAAGCCAGGGGCUCAACUUCAGCUGAGGAGAAAAAACUCUCUUAUGACUGGCAACCAGGAAAUCAAAGAAAUCACAGAGACCCAGAAGGACAUUAACUACCAAGGAAGUGGGAAAACGGUUACCUCCACAUCUCUGAAAAGCAACAAACACAAGGAGCCGCUGAGGAAAACUGAAGACAAAAAAAGUGCCCAACAUCUUUCCAGUAGUGCCAUGAAACUCAGCGCUCUGUCUAUAGAGCGUCUCAGAAAAAUCCAGGCUGACACGCAGUAUGCAAGCGAUGUAAUUACAGUCACUAUGAAACAGAUGCAGGAAUCAGGAACGUUUGAUAGCCUAAUAGAAGCCAAUGAGAGAGAGAAGGCAAAAAAGAGCAAUUUUCGUGACUUACUCAGCAGGGUAGAGGAAGGAAAGGAGGAGAUAAAGGCACUCCAGAAACAGCUGCAAGAUGUCAAGAAAGAAACAGAAAUAGAACUUCAGAAGCGAGACAGCGUGAUCGCCUGCCUCAGAGAUGAGCUCGAACCGCUGAGGGCCAAGACUACCAUGGACAGAUGCUACAUGAAGAAAAGCACAGACCACAAGGUCCACCAAACCCAGAAGCAGUGCAGCAAUGCAGAGAAGGUCCUGGAGAAUGAAAUUCAGAAGCUGAGGACCAAAACUGACCAGGAGAUCCGAAUCCACACAGAGAUGGAGAAUUUCCUCAGACGACACCAAAUGAAGGUGGAAGAGAAGCUGGAGAGCUGGAUGGACAAGUACAAAAAUGACACAGAUGCUAAAGACAAAGAGCUGAAUGCCCUCAAAGCAUUGAGGGCAAACAACCUGGAAAUGCUGCAGAGACUGGCCACGGAGUGUAAGAUGUUUGAGGAAACCGUCAUCAGUUACUGCGCAGAAAAGAAGGCUGAAAUAAAACAACGAGCUAAGAGCGUCCUGAAGCUGCAGGCCUGGUGGAGAGGUACAAUGGUCCGCAGACACCUUGGACCCUACAAAGCCCUCAAGAAGAUGCAGGAGAAACGGCUAUCAAUGCAGAAAGGGAAAGGGAAGAAAGGGAAAUCUGGAGCAAAGAAAAAGCCACGAUAA